AUGCCCUCAGGAUCCGAUUUCCAUUCUCCAUCUGGGCCGUCUCAUUCCCAGCGCAAGUCCUGGCAAUCUCAAUCGCAAUCUCAGCGCGUCUCGUCACUGCGCUCUGGGAGAUCAUCGCAUCAUGGACCUGACGGCCAGCAGCAGCCCAUUGCCCAGCAACAAACACGGGCAUCGGCUGCUACGUCGACUGCACAGAGCAAAUGGUGGCGUGUGCGACUGUUUCGAGGCAUGAUUAAUGAUGUGAAGAGGCGAGCGCCGUAUUAUUGGAGUGAUUGGACGGAUGCAUGGGAUUAUCGCGUUAUUCCAGCGACUGUUUAUAUGUAUUUUGCCAAUAUCUUGCCUGCUUUGGCGUUUUCUCUGGACAUGUUUGAAAAGACGAACCAAAGCUAUGGCGUCAACGAGGUCUUGCUGGCGUCUGUUCUGGGAGCGGUGGUGUUCUCUCUCUUCUCUGCUCAGCCAUUGGUGAUUGUCGGUGUUACUGGGCCAAUUACUGUUUUCAACUAUACGGUCUAUGAUAUUAUGACACCGCGUGGCACGAAUUACCUUGCCUUUAUGGGCUGGAUUGGAAUAUGGUCGUUGAUCAUGCAUUGGCUGCUCGCUAUAACGAAUGCCUGCAAUGGGUUGACCUAUGUCACGCGCUUCUCGUGUGAUAUCUUUGGAUUCUACGUUGCUUUGAUCUAUCUCCAGAAAGGAAUCCAAGUGCUGACCAGACAAUGGGGAACGAUGGGCGAGACAUCCGCAUAUUUGAGUAUCAUGGUUGCUCUCCUCGUUCUCAUGAGCGGCUGGAUCUGCGGUGAGCUCGGAAACAGUAAUCUGUUCCAGCGAUAUGUCCGCAAAUUCUUGGAGGAUUAUGGCACACCAUUGACUGUGGUUUUCUUCACUGGCUUCAUUCACAUUGGACACAUGAGAAAUGUCGAUGUUGCUACGCUUCCCACCAGCAAGUCGUUCUUUCCCACGGCUGAUCGAGGCUGGUUGGUGCAUUUUUGGGAUAUCGAUGCUGGGGAUAUUUUUCUGGCAAUUCCCUUUGCGCUUCUGCUGACGAUCCUUUUCUAUUUUGAUCAUAAUGUAUCGUCGCUCAUGGCCCAAGGAACUGAGUUCCCUCUGAGAAAACCCGCUGGAUUCCAUUGGGACUUGUGGUUACUCGGACUUACUACGUUUGUCGCUGGCAUCUUGGGAAUCCCAUUUCCCAAUGGACUUAUCCCGCAAGCACCGUUCCAUACCGCCGCACUCUGUGUCACACGCGAUGUUGCCGACGAGGACGACACGAACAAAGGCAAGACUGUCCGCGUCACCGACCACGUUGUAGAGCAGCGCGUCAGCAACUUGGCCCAAGGCCUCCUGACACUUGGUACAAUGUCAGGUCCGCUUCUGAUUGUCUUGCACCUGAUCCCGCAAGGCGUCUUGGCUGGUCUGUUCUUCGUCAUGGGAGUCCAGGCUCUCCAAGGCAACGGCAUCACACAGAAGCUCAUCUUCCUUGCUCAAGACAAAGGGCUCACAUCUGCAUCUAAUCCACUUAAACGGUUAGAGCGUCGUCUCUCUAUCUGGAUAUUUGUCAUUCUCCAACUGGUCGGCUUUGGAGCGACGUUUGCCAUCACGCAGACCAUCGCCGCCAUCGGAUUCCCCGUGAUCAUUCUCUUGCUCAUUCCUGUGCGAUCUUUCCUGCUCCCUCUAUGGUUCACCCGAGAAGAGCUUUCCACAUUGGAUGCUCCGACUGCCAGUAAAUUCACCAUGGAAAGCGUCGGUGGUACCUAUGGCCUUGACGAGACAGAUGAUCUCGGGGCUGCGGAAGACAUCAACAGGCGCCAUUCCAAAACCCCUGGAAACAAUGCAGUCAUGAUGCGCCAAGAAUAUAGCCCUUCUCCCGAGUCCCCUGUACAUGAUGACCUUGAGAGGGGCGAGGCCUACGAACUUCAGCCCAGAUCGUCCAUGCGGCGAAGGAGUACAACAAGCAGGGCUGAGUGA